ACCACUGCUAUAAAUCUGACCUCUGGGGUGCGUGAAUUAAAGUAUACUGAGCUUCCCUGUACGGUCAAAGAUGCCAUCUCCGUUACUAGAGGCAUGGGCUUUAAGUGCCUAUGGGUGGACUCUAUUUGCAUACUUCAAGGCUCUAAUGCCGAAGCUCAAGCAGACUGGUUAGCCGAAUCAAGCUGCAUGAGAGACUAUUAUAAGGACUGCACAAUCUGUAUUGCUACUGACAAUGCGUCCUCAGAUGCAGAAGGAUUUCUUAAUACAAAAAGGCUUGCGGAGACGAGAAUAUCGAUUUCCACUAACCUAAGUCAUAUCCUGGGCACAAGAUUUCCCACGUAUAUUAGAAGUCUUGGGCAUGGACUCCGAUGGACAAGCUUGCUUAUCAAUUAUACAAAGCGGUCUUUGACCUUCCAAACCGAUCGGCUGAUUGCGAUUUCAGGUCUUGCUCAAGGAAUUCAGGCCCAAUCUGGAUAUACUUAUUGGGCCGGAAUCUGGGCUGAAGACGUAUAUUUGGAACUCUCGUGGAAGAUGCGUGGCUUAGGUCAAACUCCAGAGACAUAUAUUGCUCCCUCGUGGAGUUGGGCUGCUUUGGAAUUUUGUGCAGAAACCGAUCUUUAUUAUCUUUACCAUCUGUAA